UGAGAGUCCGAGGAGGAGGCGCGGGCCAUGGCCCUCCCUGGCGGCCUCCGUCUCCUGCUGCUGCUGCUGCUGCUGCUGCUGCUGGGAGCAUGAGGCCCCUUCCUCCUCCUCCUCCUCCGGCUGCUGCUGGCUCGGCGGGACCAGGUCCGGGCUCCGGGUGGCCCUCGGGGGGCCGUCGGGGCCGGGGCCUGCUGGCGGUGGGUCUGGCGCUGCUGGCGCUGCUCUUCUCGGCCACGGCCUUCGGGACCACCCACUGGUGCGAGGGCACCCAGCGCGUGCCCAAGCCCAGCUGCGGGCCCCACAAGCGCACCAACUGCCUGGACUACGGCUACCAGGAGGAGCCCCAGGCCCAGGCCAACGCCUCCGGCACCCACAACCGCACCGGCCCGGCCCCCGCCGCCCCCAACGUGGUCCACUACAGCUGGGAGACCGGCGACGACCGCUUCCUCUUCCGCUACUUCCACGCCGGCAUCUGGGUCUCCUGCGAGGAGAACAUCAACAGCCCCGGAGAAAAAUGCCGAAGUUUCAUUGACCUUGCUCCAGCCUCUGAGAAAGGGGUGCUCUGGCUGUCGGUGGUCUCGGAGGUGCUCUACAUCGUGCUGCUGGUCGUUGGCUUCAGCCUCAUGUGCCUGGAGCUCAUCCACUCAAACAACGUCAUUGAUGGGCUCAAGCUCAAUGCAUUUGCCGCCGUCUUCACGGUCCUCUCAGGUCUCUUGGGAAUGGUGGCCCACAUGAUGUACACACAGGUCUUCCAGGUGACGGUCAGCCUGGGGCCAGAGGACUGGCGGCCGCAUUCAUGGGACUACGGCUGGUCCUUCUGCCUUGCCUGGGGCUCAUUCACUUGCUGCAUGGCGGCCUCCGUCACCACCCUGAACUCCUACACCAAGACGGUCAUCGAGUUCCGGCACAAGCGGAAGGUCUUUGAGCAGGGCUUCCCGGAAGAGCCCCUCUAUGCCGACCACCAGCCCCUCAAGUACUUCCAUGGAAGGAAUGCACAAUACCCAGCUGUGAACCUGCAGAGCAACGCCAGUGGCCAGGGUGGCCCCAAGAAGCUCUCGCUGGCCCUGUCCAGCUCCUCCACCAACACUGCCUCCUCCUCCUCCUCGCUGCCCUCCGAGCCCAACAGCCAGUUCUCCUCCCCUGAAGCCAGGAGGGCUUCGGCCACAGCUGCUUCCCGAGAGGCCACCGACUGCAGGCCAACAGGGUGCCUGAACCUGAACGCAACACAGGUGAUGGCUGUGGGGCCCAGACCCAUGGCCCCGCCUCAGCUGGGCUUAACAAGGUCAGCAUCUUCCCAGGUGGCUGCUCCGAGACCCAACCUGGUCCCCGGGCCCCAGCACCUGGCUUUCCGGGCCACCACCCUCCCAUGCCAUGGUAGCAUCAGCAAGCAGGAGCGCCUGGCUGGCCAUGCGUGUGCCCUGAUGAAAUGCCCUGGCAGUGCCACCCACCCGGACGGCUACUCCAAGUUGGCAGAAGAAAAUGUGGGGAUGAACCUGGAAGAGGAAAACAUGAAGAGCAGGGGCCUAGUGACCUGGCAGGAGUUCUUGGCUGUGGAGCGAGAGCUGGAGCAGGUCCGGGAGGAGCUGAAGUGUCUGCAGUGGAAGGUGAGGCACAUUGGGGAGACUGUCCAGCCACUGGCAGAGGAGAGCAAGCGCUAUAACGGUUACACCUUGACUGAGCUGAAGGCCAUGGUCCAGUCUGAGGAGGACCCCUACAAGGCAGCCCACAAGAUCCUCCUGGCCCUUUUCAGCGACGUCUACCUGCUCCAGCACCAGCACCCGCCGCAGCACCACUCCGCCUCCGACCAGCCAGCCAACUCCAGGACCCUCCCCAGGCCCAAGAUCGACCCGGAGCUCUACACAGUCUACUGCGACAUCCUGCAGAGCAUCUUUCCCGGCAUGAGCAGCCAUGCCCUGAAGGAGAGGACCCAGUCCCUCUAGGGGCUGUGGGAACGCACCCGCUUCCACCCAAGACCACCCUGGUCAAGGCCCAGCCAGAGGGCCGCCUUCCUCCCCAUGCUGCCCUCCGCCUGCCCUACGGCUGAACCAGAACUCCAGGGAUGCAAACCCCCACCAGACUGACUUUACAACCGAAGCCUUUUUUCAGAAAAAGGGAACCACCACCAAAUACAGCAUUUUUGUCUUUUUAA